ACAUUGUAAUUAUAAUUGUAAUUUCUAAUGUAAUUCAAACAGAAAUUUGCAACUCUGGGCGGUAAUCACGUCGCUCUCGUACUAGAGCAAUGGAACGAAUCAUAGCCCUUGUUCCGACGAACCCUAAACAUCUUUCUAAGCACGAGUCAUCCUAUCUUUAAAACCCUUCUGCUCUAUACCAUCAAACCUUGGACUAAAGUUCUUUGCAGCAGUGCAGCCAAUUGCACAUCUCCAUUCACAGAUCUCUAUCUCAAGCUUGCUACAAAGUAAGCCAUGACUGUGAGAUGGCCAAGGCUUCUAACACCAACACAUCUCUCUCAGAUCAUAAGGAACCAAAAGAAUCCACUAAUAGCUCUACGUAUCUUUAAGGAAGCGAAGGAUAAAUAUCCGAAUUAUCGUCAUAAUGGUCCAGUGUAUGCCACCAUGAUUGGCAUCCUUGGAAGUUCUGGUCGAAUCACUGAGAUGAAGGAAGUUCUUGAUCAAAUGCGAGAAGAUUCCUGUGAGUGCAAAGAUUCAAUCUUUGCAAAUGCAAUCAAGACUUAUGCAAGAGUUGGCCUUCUUAAUGAAGCUAUAUCUCUUUUCAAGAACAUUCCACAGUUCAAUUGUGUGAAUUGGACUGAAUCCUUUAAUACCCUUUUACAAAUAAUGGUCAAAGAAUCAAAGCUUGAAGCAGCUCACCGUCUUUUCUUGGAGAGCUCGUAUGGUUGGGAAGUGAAGUCUCGUGUUCGUUCGUUGAACUUGCUUAUGGAUGUUCUUUGUCAGCAUAAUCGCUCUGACGUUGCAUUGCAAGUCUUUCAAGAGAUGAAUUAUCAAGGUUGCUACCCUGAUAGGGAUAGUUAUCGAAUUGUUAUGAUGGGUUUGUGUAAAGAUGGAAGGCUAAAUGAGGCUACCCAUUUACUAUACUCGAUGUUUUGGAGGAUUUCUCAGAAGGGAAGUGGUGAAGAUAUUGUAAUAUAUAGAAUUUUUUUGGAUGCUUUAUGUGAUAUUGGUAUGGUUGAACAAGCUUUAGAAGUUCUCGGCAAGAUCUUAAGGAAGGGGCUGAAGGCUCCUAAACGCUGUCACCCCCGUCUUGAUCUCAGUAAUUGCAAUAGUGAUGGUAACAUAGAAACCACUAAGCAUCUGAUUAAUGAAGCUCUAAUCAGAGGUGCUAUCCCUAGUUUGAGUAGUUAUACUGCUAUGGCUGUUGAUUUCUAUGCCGAAGGUAAGCUUAGUCAAGCUGAUAAAGUGCUGGAUGAGACACAAGAUAGAGGCUUUAGACCGUCUCUGUUAACGUAUGAAGCCAAGGUGGCAGCAUUGUGCAAGGAAGGUAAAGUUCAUGAAGCAAUUAAUGUGUUGGAAGUGGAGAUGGUGGAGGGAAAUUGUGUUCCAAAUGUAAGAUUGUAUAAUAUCUUAUUGAAAGGCUUGUGCGAUGCAAGGAACUCAGCAACAGCUGUUAAGUAUUUGAAGAGGAUGGCCAAGCAAACAGGUUGUGUUGCCAACAAGGAAACCUAUUGCAUUUUAGUUCAUGGGUUGUGUCAAGAUGGUGGAUUUAUUGAGGCGAGUCGGAUUUUGGAAGAGAUGUUAAUUAAAUCAUAUUGGCCUCCUGUUGACACUUUCAACAUGCUUAUACGAGGGCUUUGCUCCAUAGGCAGGCAAUAUGAAGCUACCAUGUGGUUAGAGGAGAUGAUUAGCUUGGAUGAGGCACCAGAACUUUCAGUGUGGAACUCCCUGGUAACUUGUUUGUGUUCCAACACAGCUGACAUUGAUGCUUGCUGUGAGACGUUUAAGCGGCUCAGUAAUUGUUCAUAGUUUAUUUAUGUUGCAGUGUUCUCAUGUGUGUAUAUCCUUUUUUCCAAUAUAAAAAGUGGAGAAGUUCAAUGUAAAAAGAGGUCGUGUUCAUGAGAGGGAAAUUGAAAGAUAUGUUCUUAGUA